GUGUGUUUGGUCGCAUCCCAUCUCCUCUCUCUCUCUCUCCUAUACAUACAUAAGCAUUGAAAACUUGCACACCAACACCACAGUCUUUUAAACUACCAGUGCUCGGGUGUCUCAUACACGCUAACGAUAUAUAUAUACCAACUCUCCUAAGCGUUUGACUUAAACUUUUUGUGUGUGUCUGUACUGUUGUGUCGCCAUUUCAUACCCAUUGAAACAGUACUGCAGUUUUUGGUGGAAAACUAUAGACUACUUCUUGGCACUGCCUGUGCUCUCUCUCUCUCUCUCUAACUAUAUAUCUAUGUGUUUGUCUCUCUCUUCACAUAACUAACUCCCAGUGCAUUAGAGAUAUAUCUAUCAGUUUUGUAUUAUAUAUAUGUAUUAUAAGCCAUUCAAUACUCAAUAACUGCAGACAUUCAUUCAUAUCGUGUCAAACGACUCGGUCGACAACGACGACGACUACUACGACAACACCACUUCUUCAGUGAACACAACACUACCAUCUCGUCAAAGCACUCAUCCAUUUGAAUCGAUAUACACUUCACUCAAUCCGACCGGCAAAAUGACUUCGACCACCGAAACUGCAACUCCAGCUGUAGAUCAAUCCAACAAUCAGACUGCCGGCACUCAGGAGCCGGUUUCGCCAGUGUCUGAACAGACUGCCGAAGCCCAGACCGAUGCUACUACUAAUGAAUCAAAGGCCGAAACUGCCAGCCCUAAGAAGGAAGCGGUACCCAAACCGACUGUCCAUAAGACAGACUACGAGAAGGAUACGGUCUACUUAUAUCAGUUCACCCGAUUCGCUACCAUUCCUUCGUCAUCGCCGUUCUGUUUGAAAGUGGAGACCUUUUUGCGUAUGGCUGGCAUCGCCUACGAGAAUGUUGACCAUCAGCUAAAAUUUCGCUCGAAGAAGGGUCAGCUGCCGUUCGUUGAACUCAAUGGCAAAGAGAUUGCCGAUUCGGACAUCAUUAUUCAGGAUUUGACUAAAAUCUUCGAGAAAGAUCUUGACGAAGGCCUGACUGAAGAGCAGAAAAAUAACAGUCACGCCUACCAGUCGAUGCUCGACAAUCACACGAGUUGGGUGGUGCGAUACUGGCGAUACAAUAAUCCUCAACAGUUUAUUGAUGCCUCCAAAAUGGAUAUGAAAAGGAUUACCCUAUCAAAGUUGCCUAACAGUGUGCUGAACGUACUUCUCAAGAUAGGCUUCAAACAGAAUGUUAAGCAAGUGUUGGGUCACGGCAUUGGACACAACACUGAAGCCGAGAUCUACGACUUUGGUAAGAGUGACCUCAAAGCUCUUAGCAAACUAUUGGACGACAAAGACUACUUCUUUGGCAAAGAUCCUCAUCUGUUGGAUUGCGUUGCUUUCGCACAUUUGGCUCAAUUUGUGUUCAUACCGUUCGGCGAAAUGACCGAAUGGAUGGAGACCGAGACCGCCAACUUAGUGGCAUUUGUCAAUCGCAUCAAAGACAAGUAUUGGACCGAUUGGGAAGAGAUCUGUACCACUCUCGAGCUGAACACACAUUUGCCCAAAAAAGAGUUGUCGCCUGAAAAGGAGGAAGAGUUGAAAAAAGAGGAGCAAAAGAAAGAAGAAGAGAAAAAGAAAAAGGAAGAGAAAAAGCGAUUACAGGAAGAGAAGAAAAAAGAAAGAGAAGAGAAGAAAAAGAAGGACAAAGAGGAAAAGGAUAGACUGAAAAAGGAAAAGGAAGAGAAGGCUCGGGCAGAGAAAGAGCAAAAAGAAAAGGAGAAGAAAGAAAAAGAAGAGAAGGAAAAGGCAGAGAAAGAAGCAAAAGAAAAGGCCGACAAAGAGAAAGCCGAAGCAGAGAAGAGUGCUGCAGAGGCGGCAGCGGCCACAGCAGCAGCAGCUGAGACCAAGACUGAGGAGAAACCAACAGAAUCGACACCCGAAACCAAAGAGACCGCCGCAGAGGAGGCGCCAAAAGCCGAGGAAUCGUCGGAUAAAAAAGAAUGAAUUCGUUGUGUAGUUUAAAACAAAAGAAAACAAUAAUUAAUUCAUAAAUAACUGUUUCAUUACUGUCAACAGCUCAUCAAAUGACCAAAAUUUGUAAUCCAUUUUAAGUUUUUUUAAACAAAUAUUUUUAUUAUAAUUUUAUUAUUCAUAAUUUUCGGGACAAAAGUAUAUGUUUUCAUUUUUAAAGUAAUUUUGUUUUAUGUAUUUUUUAAAAAUGAGAAAAUUAAUUAAUGAUUGGUUAUUAUAAUAUAGUAGUACAGGAAUCAGCUGUUGAUUGUAUUUUUAAGACUCGUUUUUUCUUAUUAUUUAAUUAUAAAUUGUGCUUUAAAUGAAUUAAUUCUCAUAAUUUGGUCACAUUUUACUCUAACAUUAGCUCUUAGUUUAAAAUUAUUAUUAAAAAGACAAAACACUCAUAAUCUCAUAGCAUUUAAA